AGAAAAAGAAAGACUGAAGGCAGUAAAAAAAAAAUCUAUGCUUCCCCAGAGAGCAUUGGCAAGGGAAAAAGAGGUCAAGGACGAUGCGUUGAUGGUCGAAAGAAGCUCCAAGGAGAGGUCGAGAGGUCGAUUCUUCGGAGCCUAGAAAUCUGGCCAACAAUGAUGAAUGCCCGGAACGGGUCUCGUCAAUUUCUGGAAAAAGGAUGGAGACCCCCCUGGCACGUUAGGACGACCGAUGCAAAUGCCUGGGGUGGGUGGAGGCGAGUUGAGGAGGACACAACGCAGCGGGCGGUGGUGGCGGCUUCGUGGAUGUCUCGUUUUGCCUCCCUGGGAGACGGCAAGCUUGGUUUCGACAAUGACAGAUGCGAGUUCUUCCAGGAGUCGAGUAGUUUUUGGUUCCUCUCCUGCUACAAGCUGGAUCUAACCUCGCAAAUUAUGGGUGUUGGCAACAGCAACACCUACUUCAAUUUGAGUAGCAAGAAAAAGGCCGCUCUUUGGCCCCUAGGUGGUAUAUCAUCUGUGAUUACCUACUGUUCGGAUGAUGUGGUUGGUGUAUCCUCACGAGCCCAUGGUUUUGGGCGUCGUAUCGGUUUUCGUUGGCUUGCCAUGCCUCGCACACUCUCACUGGACUGGAGUAAGAACAGCACAGCCCCCACCAAAUCCUCUAAAUCAAUUCGCGACUGGAGGGUCCGCCAUCCCGUCCGGGUCCACUCAAAUUUUCAAUCCGCCCUUUUUGUCGAGCCGCACUAA